CACUUAAAAGAUUCGUUCAAAAUGAACGAUUCGUUCACGAACGAAACAUCACUAGUGUUUUCGCUGUUGGUGCUUGACCAAAGUCUUGUAGUUAGCACACUUUGUCUGCGUUGUGUUGUGUAGUGUGCGUGCUGCUACAACAAGAAGAUGACGGAUGACAAGAAACCUAGUUGUGUAGUGUAAGCGCCAUAGAAAUUCAAGUUGUCUCACAGUCCCGUAGUGUCAGCUCGGCUUUAGGGUAAGGGUGUAGGUUGGGUAAAGGUUUCGUAAGACUUGAAACACCAAGGAUUAAAAAACCAACAAGCCACGCCCACGGAUCUGACUCGCAUACCAAUGAUAACAGUCACGUAUUUUGGCUAGCUGGGUUUAGUCAGUGGGAGAACGCGUCUUGUUAAUAUAUCUCAAAAUACUCUUGCUCUAUACAAAUAUGCUAUAUGGAUAAGGAGUUUUUAAAUAUACCGAUAUGUAGACCUGUCUGUACUUUUCAUAUUUGGCUACUUAUGAAAAUAUAGAGACUUUUGAGGGUUCUGGAGAUUUUCAUAGGAAAAUGCAACACUGAGUAGAUACCGAAAGUGAAACCAUCGUCAUUUCAGAGAGUCAGACUGUUGUCAAAACAAACGAAACUUCACGGCCUCAGGACAGGAUCUCAUUAUGGAGAAUGGAGAGAGGAUUGCUUCUGAAAUGAAACUGAAAAGAAAGAGUCAGAAAACAUCCUCAGCAUCUCCUGAACCCAGUGUUGUGUCUCUGAAGAGUAACGACUCCAUGCAUCUCCCGCCUAAACUCAGUGAUGGAUCAGUAACAUCUCACUCUCUAUUGGAUAGUCAGAGAGGAGCUCAUAAAGAACCCAGUGUUGUGUCUCUGAACAGUAACGACUCCAUGCAUCUCCCACCUAAACUCAGUGAUGGAUCAGAAACAUCUCACUCUCUAUCAAACAUUAGAUGUAAACAUGAUAUGACUCCAGGUGUGCAGCAGGAUGCUUGUCAUGAAUCAGUGGAUGAUGUUCUGCAGAGACUCAAAAUUAAACACAAAAGCAACAUGAAGAACAAGUAUGAGAGUUUAUUCGAGGGAAUCAAAGCGCAAGAGACUCAAACCCUCCUGAAGAGAAUCUACACACAGCUGUACAUCACAGAGGGAGAGAGUGAAGGAGUGAAUGAAGAACAUGAGGUUUUACACAUGGAGAGAAAGCCCAGAAGAACACAACAAGACACUCCAAUCUACUGCAAUGACAUCUUUACACCUCAAUCACAUCAAAGACACAAAAUCAAGAGCGUUCUUACUAAAGGCAUCGCUGGAAUUGGAAAAACAGUCUCUGUGCACAAGUUCAUUCUGGAUUGGGCCGAGGGAACAGCCAAUCAGGACGUAGAUUUCAUGUUCCUGCUUCCGUUUCGAGAGCUGAACUUGAUUGGAGAGCAUCGCUACAGUCUUCACAAACUUCUGCUGGACUUUCAUCCUGAACUUCAAGAUGUGGACUCGCAGAUUUAUGAGGAGUGUAAAGUUGUGUUCAUCUUUGAUGGUCUGGAUGAAAGCAGAAUGACACGGAUGUUUUCAGACCACAGUGAGAAAGUUUCUGAUGUGACGGACGCUUCAUCUGUGGCCGUGUUGAUGUCAAACCUCAUGAAAGGAGAUCUGCUUCCCUCCGCUCUCAUCUGGAUCACCUCCAGACCAGCAGCAGCCAAUCAGAUCCCCUCCAAAUACAUCACGCGUGUGACAGAAAUCCAGGGAUUCGACGACGCUCAGAAGGAGGAAUAUUUCAGGAAGAGAAUCAGCGAUGAACAUCAAGCCAGCAGAAUCAUAUCCCACAUUAGAAGAGCGAGAAGCCUCCACAUCAUGUGUCACAUACCGGUCUUCUGUUGGAUCUCCUCCACUGUGCUUCAGAAGAUCCUGACACAAGAUCACAGUGGAGAAAUCCCCAAAACUCUGAGUGAAAUGUACAUCCACUUCCUGCUGAUUCAGAUGAAGAUGAAGAAUGAGAAGUAUGAUCCAGAGAGAGAUCCAGAGAUCAACAGAGAAGUGAUCGUGAAGCUGUCUGAAGUGGCUUUCAAACAGCUGAUGAAGGGCAAUGUGAUGUUCUAUGAGGAGGAUCUGAGAGAGUGUGGGAUAGACAUCACUGACGCCUCGCUGUAUUCUGGCAUCUGUACUGAGAUCUUUAAGGAGGAAUCUGUCAUUCAUCAGAGGAAGAUCUACAGCUUCAUACAUCUCAGUCUUCAGGAGUUUCUCGCUGCGCUCUAUGUGUUUUACUGCCAUUUAAUGAACAAGAACACUGAAGAACUGCAGAUGAUCCUGGGGAGGACAUAUGACUAUUAUAAGCACAGGUCUGGGGAUUACUCCCUUUGUCAGCUACUAGAAUCAGCAGUAGAUAAAUCUCUUGAGAGUGAGAACGGUCAUCUGGAUCUUUUCUUGAGGUUUCUGCUGGGCAUCUCGCUGGAGUCCAAUCAGAGACUCUUACAGGAUCUACUGACACACACCCACAACAGCUCAGAGGACAUCAACACAAUCACACAGUACAUUAAAAAUAAAAUCAAGAAUUUUGAUUAUCUCUCAGCCGACAGAUCCAUCAAUCUGUUUCUCUGUAUGUUUGAAGUGAAUGAUCAGACUCUGUACAGAGAGAUUGAGGAGUUUGUGAGAUCAGACAAACACUCAGAGAAAAAACUCUCUGUUGCUCACUGUUCAGCAAUAGCCUACAUGCUUCAGAUGUCAGAGGAGGUGAUGGAUGAGUUUGAUCUGAAGAAAUACAACACAACACAGGAGGGCAGAAGAAGACUCAUACCAGCUGUCAACAACUGCACAAGAGCUCUUCUACAGAACUCUAAUCUGACUGUUGAGUGCUGUGAAAGUUUAUCUUCAUGUCUACAAUCAUCAAACUGUCUGAGAGAGCUGGACCUGAGUAACAAUAAUCUGAAGGAUUCAGGAGUGAAGCUGAUCUCUGAUGCUCUUACGAGUAACAACUGUCAACUAAAUAUACUGAGAUUGUCAAGUUGUCAUCUGACUGGUGAGUGUUGUGAAAGUUUAUCUUCAUGUCUACAAUCAUCAAACUCUCUGAGAGAGCUGGACCUGAGUAACAAUGAUCUGAAGGAUUCAGGAGUGAAGCUGCUCUCUGAUGCUCUCAAGUCUCACAACUGUCAACUACACACACUGAGGUUACCAGGUUGUAUGGUGACAGAUGAAGGUUGUUGUUAUUUGGCUUCAGCUCUGAGUUCAAACCCAUCACACCUGAGAGAGCUGGAUCUGAGCUACAAUCACCCACAACACUCAGCACUUCAGCUGCUCUCUGAUAGACUCAAUGAUCCAAACUACACACUCAACACACUCAAUGUGGAUCAUGGAGGAGUGAGAAGAAUAACAACAGGACUACACAAGUAUGACUGUGAUCUCACACUGGAUCCAAACACAACAAACACGCAACUCACAUUGUCUGAGGCGAACAGGAAGAUCACACGUGUGUUUGAGACUCAGUCGUAUCCUGAUCAUCCAGACAGAUUUGAAAAUGAACCUCAGGUUUUGUGUGGAGAGAGUCUGACUGGACGCUGUUACUGGGAGGCUGAAUGGAGCGGAUCAGGUGUUUAUAUAUCAGUGUCAUAUAAAAGCAUCAACAGGAAAGGAAAGAGACAAGAUAGUUUAUUUGGAUUCAAUGUAAAAUCAUGGAGUCUAAUCUGCACUGACAACAGAAUCACUGCAUGGCACAAUAAUAAUGAAACAGUUAUUCGUGGCUCUUCACGUGGCUGUAAUAGAGUAGGAGUAUAUGUGGACUGGUCGGCCGGCACUCUGUCCUUCUACAGCGUCUCUGACACACACACACUCACACACUUACACACAUUCAACACAACAUUCACUGAGCCUCUUUAUGCUGGAUUUAUGAUUUAUUAUAACUCCUCAGUGUAUCUGUGUAAAACACACACUGAGUGAGGGAGGGGGAGGGGGAGGGGAGGGAGGGAGAUACACUACAGAUGCGUUUCUGUUGUUUAACACAGAUGAAGUUAGUGUUUAGAAAAGAGUUUAAUAUGUAUAAGCGCAGGGUAGGCUAUCAGUCUCAUGUUAACAGUUCAUCUGCUGAGCAGCAGCUCAACACCAAAAUAUCCAACAUCAGUCCAUUAAAAACUCCAUAACACAGAUCAUUGAAUUUAAUUUAACAGUCAAAGUAAGGGAUGCCCCAAAUGUUGGGCAACCAAAAUAAGUGAAAUGAAGCAAGACAAACUUUUAAAAAGCACAUUUCAAUACAAGAUGACAAAACAAAAUGAAAAAAAAACGUGUUGAUAUUCUGCCUUUGGCCAAGUGUAUAUACUGUAUAUUAUGUUUCAGCUAAGUAUUUUCAUUUCAGUGCAUAUCUACUAGCCUACAAGUAAAAUGUGUGAUCAUUUCAGUGGUUUUUGUUGUUCUAAAUGUUAACUUUGCUUAACUUUAAAUGCUAAAUUAUAUUUAUUAACCUUUGUUGAACAAGUUUAGUGUGGAUAAAAAGCUAUUGAAUAUGUGUAAAAAAUAUGUGUUCAUUUAAUUACGAGAAAAAAAAAGUCGUAGCAUGACAAGAUUAAAGUGAUCAUUUGAGGAGAAUGACAAAAUUCUGAGUAUGAAAUCAUAAUAUAUUAAUAAUGAAAUUUUUGAUGUGAAUGUAUUUGAAAUAUAGUUGUGAACAAGCAGAUCUGUAAAGCAGAUACCAAAUUUGUUCCCUUAUUAAUAAACCAUACUAAA